AUGGCCUCUGCAGCGGAAGCAAUGCUUGGCCUCCAAGUCGACGCCACCGCGGACGAUCCUGCCGCCGCCGCCGCCGAGAAGGCCGCCAAGCGCAAGACCGCCAAGGACGCGAAGAAGGCCGCCAAAGCCGCCAAGGCCGCCGCCAAGGCCGCCGCCAAGGCCGCGGCGCAGACCACCACGAAAAAAGGAGCCAAUCGCGACGGAAUGGAGACUUCCAAGAACGACGACUUCGGUCAGUGGUACUCGCAGCUUGUCGUCAAGGCGGAGAUGAUCGAGUUUUAUGACAUCUCAGGUUGCUACAUUCUCCGCCCCUGGAGCUACGCCAUGUGGGAUACCAUCCAUGACUACUUUGACUCUAGAAUUAAGAGCAUGGGUGUGCAGAAUGCCUACUUUCCGCUCUUUGUGACUGAGAAGCGCCUCACCACAGAGGAGGAUCACAUCGAGGGCUUUGCAGCGGAGGUUGCCUGGGUGACCAAAAGCGGUCAGACCGAGUUGGAGGAACCCAUCGCCGUGCGUCCGACGUCGGAGACCAUCAUGUAUCCGGCGUAUGCCAAGUGGAUUCGGAGCCAUCGCGAUCUCCCACUGCGCUUGAAUCAGUGGUCCAAUGUCGUGCGUUGGGAGUUCAAGUACCCGACCCCGUUUAUUCGAUCGCGCGAGUUUUUAUGGCAGGAGGGACAUACAGCGUUUGCGACGAAGAGGGAGGCGGAUAAGGAAGUGUUGGAGAUUCUCGACUUGUACCGCUCGGUUUAUGAGGAUGUGCUGGCGGUCCCAGUCAUCAAGGGCAUGAAGUCGGAGAAGGAGAAGUUUGCGGGUGGCUUGUAUACCACCACCAUUGAAGGUUUCAUUCCGACUAAUGGGCGCGCUAUCCAAGCUGCCACAAGCCAUUGUCUUGGGCAGAACUUUUCCAAGAUGUUUAAGAUCGAGUUUGAUGGCGGGGAUGGCGCUAUGCACUAUGCGUGGCAAAAUUCCUGGGGCUUGACCACGCGCUCUAUUGGUGUCAUGGCUAUGGUGCACGGCGAUGACAAGGGCCUUGUUUUGCCCCCGAAAAUUGCACCGAUUCAAGUCAUCAUCGUCCCCAUCCUGAAGAAGGGCAAGGAAAGCAACAUUAUUAAGGCCGCCACGCAGUUGGCAAAGGACCUUCAGGACGCAGGUAUCAAGGUCAAGGCUGAUACUCGGGACGAUAAGAACCCGGGGUGGAAGUUCAACUAUUGGGAACUCAAGGGUGUGCCGCUUCGUCUUGAACUUGGCCCGCGCGAUAUCGAGGCCGGUACCGUUAUGGCCACUCGUCGUAUCGACGGCGACAAGGAGACGUAUACCCGUAAUGGGGUCGUUGAUGCUGUAAAAAAGGCGCUGGAUGACAUCCAGAAAUGCACUUUUGAAAAAGCCCGAAUCGAGAGGGAUGCCAGUAUUAAGAGUGUCACGAAAUGGGAGGACUUUGUGCCGACUCUGGAUCAAAGGACGAUGGUACUUGCCCCCUGGUGCAACGAAACCCCCUGCGAAGAAGAUGUCAAAGUUAGAAGCGGAGAGGAAAGUCAGAGGAGACAAGAGGAGGCUGGUGAAACCGAUAUCAGAGCCCUGUCGGGAUCUGCAAAGACCUUGUGCCUUCCGUUCCGGGAAGAAGUUGAACGACUCGGCUUUAAGGAAUUGGAGAAAGGUGCAAAGUGCUUUGCUUGCGAUUGCACGGCAAACGCUCUGGCACUUUGGGGACGGAGCUAUUAACUGUUUGAGAUGUCCGCCUUGGACGGGCUGGGGGUUUCUUGACUCAACCCUUCCUACACCAUAGAAAGGAUGUAGAGGAUGGUUGGAGCUUAAGACAUGUUUGCACGGCGCUGUGGUAUUUCUGGGAGGCACUGAACAUGCUGGACAAAUACUGAAAUGUUGACAAACAAGUUCUGAGUGACGAAGUUGGAAGGAAUCUAGAAGUAGGUCCCCGCAGUUUCGCACUGUUUGCUACCGCACCAUAGAUGUAAAACAAACUGACCUGAUGCUCAUGUCAAUUCGAAA